AUGUCGGAUGUGGCAAUGGAGGGCCAGCUAUCCUCUGCCUUACAACAUCAAUGUCAAGCAUUCGGAGCUGACAUCCUGGACUUGCUGAGGCACUGGGGCAUCACCACACUGAGGAAGCUUUCUUGGACAAGCCCAGAGCGUUUUGGCAAGCUCGUGGAUGCGUUGCCAGUGGGUGGCCCAAAGGAAGGAGACCUGGCAGAUCUCAGAGCGUUGCAGGCUGAGCUCUGGGAGUCGCGGAAGUCUCGCAUGGCCGAGGAGCGAAGUACCGCUACUGCGACUGCACCGGUGCUGAAAGUCUUGGAGACCGCUGCUGGACUUUUCCAAGCAAGCAAGGUGACAAAGACUGCUCGUGAUCUGCAUCAUGAAGAGGCUACGAGGACAGACCUUAAAGCCAGGGAGGUUGCCAAAGGCAUGGUUGGACAGAGCGGACGGCUGUUGCGAGACAAGAUGCUGCAACACUUCGCAAGCGUCAGUCAGCAUGCGUUUAGCAUGAUGCUUUCCCACUUGCCAUAUGAGAAUCUUGUCGCUGCUUCAGAACAAGCUCAGGAGGAGCCUUGGUACCCUUUGUUGACUCGUGAUGUUUUGAACACUUCGCUCCUCAGGCAAGACUGGUCAAUACGAUCAGCCUUCAUGAACGGCUACAUCCCAAGGACCAAUUUGAUUCCUCUUUACGGAUAUGCUGGCCAACUGCGCACUGAGCUGGUGGCACAGAGGUGCUUGUCCAAAGAAGAGCUUUCGCAUCCUCGAGUCGAAGCUCUACAAGAUGACUCACGGACUGUUAGGAUGCCCGCUGAAGAGGGUUCCACAUCUGUGAUGCCUUGUCUCCAUGGGUUCAAGCUGCUCUUCGAGGAAUUCACCAAAGGUAUUCUGAAGAAUGUUUUUGACCUGGCAUCGCCAACCCAGAGGGUGUUUGCAGCCGGUGGUGCAAUCUUAGCGUGUUUGCAGCUCUGGAAGCAUCCUGCUUUGCAUCCCUUGUAUCGGAUAGCUGCUAUGGAGGUCUUGGCGAAUAUCAUGGCAUUCGUAUCUCAAGGGUCCAAUGAAAGACGCGAAGCAAGGCGUGCAGCCGAGAGAUAUUGGCUGCCAAGUUACAGUACCUCCAAAAAGUCUGCAACUGAUCGCUUUGGUUUUGUCAACUCGGACAUUGAUCUCUUUAUUUGUUGUGAGACGGAAGAAGAGGGCAUUGACCUUCUUCGAAGGACCGUGAAGACUCUUUUCACGAACAUCACAGCCCAGCGCCAGGGUCGUGAAGAUGGCCGGAACCAGUUUGGCUAUAGCCGCGAUAUUCGGGUUCUCCGCUCCGCCAAUGCCUUGAGUGUAUGGGGAGGAUUUCCCUUUCGCACUGUGCAGAUCAUGGUUAUUCUGUACAAAGGACCGGAUGAGGUUUUGAAUUUCUUUGACCUCGACUGCAUCAGUUUAGGCUAUGACGGAAAAAAUGUUUGGGGUUUGCCCAGAUCUUUGCGCUGUUUGCAGACUGGGUACAAUUUCGUGGAGCCAGCGAAGCUACGACGCUGGUCUACAGGGCCUCGCAUCAUCAAGUACAAAAAGAGAGGUUUUGGCACAGUCUUCUUUGAGAUUUGCAAGCAUUCACCGCGAUGUGACCUUCCCUCAACUUUGGAUGAUGAGACUGCGAGACGAAUUGCUGCACUGCAAGGAUGUACUACGUCACAGCAAGACUUUGGAUACGGUGAAGUUGAACUGCCUUUCACUGGACGCAUGAAAUGGGGCAUGCACUUGGAUGUCUAUAUGGAAACUCACGAAAGUGGUCGAGAAGCUCGAAGAGCAAGAGUGGAAAGCCAAUCCUGUGGCCUCUGGGAGCCAGCAGACAAUGACCUGGUGGCUGGAAAGUACGUCUACAUCGCUGGUGACAAUUCGGCCUCUGAGGAGUCGAUCACGCAGCUGCUGGAGGUGAAGCUAGAGAGCCAUGGCCUGCCAUCGGUGCGAUGGAAAAAUGUGGAUCUUUGGGAGAGCCGCCGAGGCAACGAAUUUCUGCCCCGAUGCUAUAUGUGCCGCCUGCGAAUCGACCCUUCGGGCACCUUUGCUGAGCGACCGCGGCUGUGCGCGUGUUGCGAAGUAUUGAGUGCGCAGAAGCGGCAGCAGGUGGCGGAUUUGACGGGCAAGACCGCAGUCGUAACUGGUGGGCGCGUGAACAUCGGUUUUGCAACAGCCUUGAAACUUCUGCGUAUGGGUGCGACGGUUGCAGUGACCACCCGCUUUCCAAAGGAUUGCUUAAGACGCUACAGUCAAGAGGAGGAUGCAGCUGAAUGGUUGCCGCGGCUAUCAGUCUAUGGCUCCGACUUCCGCUCAGUCCCCUUGGUGUCGCAGCUGGGAGAGAAACUGGCCUUAGCUUUUCCCCGGUUGGACAUUUUGAUCAAUAACGCAGCGCAGACCGUGCGCCGCCCUGCUGCGCACUAUGCUCAGCUGCUUCAAGGGGAGAUGCUCGUGCUUGAGGAGCGCUUGGAAUCGUGCAUCAAGCAGCAGGCUGAUCUGAAGUCUUUAGAAGGCUUGCGAGAGCCCAUAGCGAUGAUUGGGGAUGACCCUAGCACAAGUUCUACGGUGGCCAGGGCUCCAGGCCUUGUUGAGGAGAUGAAGGAUGAUAGAACUGAAACCAGUUGGACGGCCAAAAUUGGCGACGUCUCCUGGGUGGAAAGUUUGGAAGUGCAGGUGGUGAACGUGACAGCGCCUUUCGUUCUGCUGAGCAAAUUGAAAUCUUCCUUGCUGGUAAAGGACGAGCCUUUGAAAGUGAUGCAUACCUUUGGCGGGUCGUUGGUUCCUCCCGACGCAGCAUCAGCACGCCCGCUUGGAGUGCAGGUUGAAAUCGGUGCAAGUGAUUUGCUAUCUUCGCCAGACACAGGGGUCUUUACGAAGCGGAGGGUUUCGACCUUGUCAACAGAGGUGAAGUUAGCAAGUGCCCGACAAAUGCGCUUCGUUGUGAAUGUGACAUCUCAGGAAGGCUCUUUCAGAUCACUGGGAAACAAAGGUGGCAACCAUCCGCACACGAAUAUGGCCAAAGCAUCGCUCAACAUGAUGACCUGUUCUGUGGCUGAUGAGUUCAGCAAAGAAGGUGUUGCAGUGGUUUCCGUGGACACCGGCUGGAUUUCCAAGAUGAAGCCAGACCCCGUGGCAGAAACCGAGCCGCAUGUCCAGUCCUCCCCACCCUUGAGCACAGAAGAUGGCGCUGCCCGGGUGUUAGAUCCCAUUUUGAGCACUUUGAAUGGGAACCAGCCUGUGACUGGCUGCUUGCUGCGAAAUUUCCAGCCAGUGGAUUGGUAG